AGAAGAAAAUAAAACAGUAGUUACAAUAGAAAAUUGCUGUGAAAAUAGAUACGCUGUUUCUUUGAAGUUUUAUUGCAAAGGAAAAAAAGAAAGGAAAGUUGAAAAAACGACUAUCUUCCUUUUUAAGGUUCCAUUUUCUUGUGAUUGUCCCAAUUAUGUUCAACAAACUCUGGGGUGGUGGGCAGCAACCUCAGCAACGCCCACAGGAGGGUAAUAAUGAUUCAUGGUAUCCACCAUCUGUAGGAAGCUCUCAAUCUCCCGGAUCUUCCCGCCCUGGAACUCCUAGCUCUUCAGGCAGUUAUGGUGUCCAAAGACCAACAGAUAGGCCAAGCUCAGUGUCACAUGUUUCCCCUGCAGAGGCUGCAGGCAUUAUUGCCGCUUUAAAAGAUAAGAGCGUUGAUGAGCUAAGGAACCUUCUAUCUAACAAGGAUGCAUAUCAGAACUUCUUACUUUCGCUCGAGCCUGUCAAAACUCAGAAUAAAGUCAGAGAUGAUCUUCGGAAUGAAACUCUGCAGCUUGCUAGGGAGAAUUUAGAAAAAGAACCGCAGAUAAUGGAGCUUAGGAAUCAGUGCACAAUCAUCCGCACCACUGAAUUGGCUGCUGCUCAAGAAAACCUGCAUGAACUGCAAAGAAGGAAAGAAGAGCUUUUAAAGUUUUACUCUCCUGUAUCACUCCUCCAUCGGCUACAAGAUGCCAUGAAUAAAACAGAGGAGGAAUCUGAAAGUCUGGAAAAACAGCUUCUCGAGGGGGAGAUCGAUCUUACAUCAUUUGUGCAGAAGUACAAAAAGCUGCGCCACAUUUACCACAAACGUGCACUCACACACCUUGCUGCAAAGACACAUCUAUAACCGGCUGAAUGUUGCUUAAUAUGAUGUGUGUCAAUAUUAUAUAGCUGAGUCGGCCUUUGCUGCUAAAGCUAUGUGUGAAAAAUUGCUUCAAAUGUAAUUUUGUGAUUAAUUUCUGCCAACUUGGCCUCCACUGUGUAGCGUGAUAUCAGAGGACUAUUAAAUUACAUUUUUUACACGACAAUUAAGCAUUACUUAUUUUAACUAUGAUAGAGAUAUCAGAAAAUGGUCA